UUUCCUUGAUCAAAUAUUUAAGCUCAUCAGAACUCUUUCGCCUGCUGCUACCAAAAAAUCCAUUGUUUCUUUCUAACCAAACAUUCCAGACCACUCUGCAUAACUCAAAAUUCCCAUACCCUCUUACAUCUUCCUACUAAAACAUUAUUAUCCCAUGCUUAAAAGAACUUGAAGAAGUGAACGGUCAGCAGUCUCCACCUCUGUAUUGCAUAGGGGAUAGUUGAUAUUCUCAAGAUUAAUACCUCUCAAAAAGAUGGGAAUAUUUAUGAUCUUCUUCUUCUUUGUGAAAGUUCUUUCAAUUCUUUUAGUUAAUGGAGAAGGAGGAGGUGUAUUCGAAGUCAAGCAUAAAUUUGGAAGUGAAGCCACUCUCAUGGAUUUGAUUGCUCAUGACCAUUAUCGGCAUGGCAGGCAUCUUUCUGCUGCUAUCGACGUUCCUUUGAGCGGUGAUGGGAAAACAACAGGAAUAGGAGUGUACUACACAAAGCUGGGUAUUGGAACUCCUCCAACAGAUUAUUUCCUCUUAGUAGAUACAGGCAGUGACGUGUCGUGGGUUAAUUGCAUCAACUGUAACCCUUGUGCUAACCACACUGAAAUUGAUGGUCUAAAACUGAAAUUAUAUGACCCUCAAAGAUCUUCAACAUCGGCAAAAGUUUCAUGUGGUGAUCCAUUUUGUUCUUAUAUGAAUAAUAGUCCUGCUUGUUCAUCUGAUGGUGGCAGUUGUGAAUAUCAUCUAGAAUAUGCUGAUGCAAGUGAAAGUGUUGGAUACUUAGUUACAGAUACUAUUCUGUUUGAUCAGGUUGCAGGAAACCAUCAGACAACUUUUGCGAGUUCACCUAUUACAUUUGGUUGUGGAGUUCAACAGUCGGGAAAUCUCGUCUCUCCUAAAGGAGCUCUCGACGGCCUAGUCGGUUUUGGAGCUGCAACUACCUCUAUACUAUCACAACUGGCAUCAUCAGGCAAGGUGAAGAAGAAAUUCGCUCACUGCCUAGAUGGUAAACGUGGUGGAGGAAUCUUUUUGGUGGGAGGAGUAGUGCAACCGCAGUUGAAAACUACGCCAUUAGUUGCCCAUCAGACACAUUACAAUGUCAUUCUGGAAUCAAUUCAAGUGGGGGAUGCUGUCCUAAAUAUUUCGAAACUAGUAUUCAGAGACAAGAAAGAAGCAAUUAUUGAUAGUGGCACCACAUUGGCGUAUCUCCCACUAGCAAUUUCCAACCCAAUGAGACAAUUGAUUUUAGCUAGCCAGCCCAACUUGAGCAAACAAUUUGAUAAUGAUUUCUUUGAGUGCUUCGAAUUCAAUAAAAGCAUCAAUGACGAAUUUCCUACUGUCACUUUUGGUUUUGCGAAUUCAGUCCAGUUGAACGUAUACCCACAUGACUAUUUGAUCCUAAAAAAAGAUCAUCUUGAGAGGUAUUGUUUAGGUUGGCAAGACGGUAUGAAAUCUGACGAGAUCAUCUUAGGAGAUUUGGUUCUAACGAAUAAAUUGGUGUUGUACGAUCUCGAAGACCAAGUUCUGGGAUUGGCAGAGUACAACUGCUCUUCACCCAUUGGGCUCGAUCUUUCAUCUUCACCUGCUCGCUACAAUAUCCCAAGGGUUAUCAAGUUGUUGCUAUUACUAUCUUUCAUGUUAUAUACUUCUGUCCAGUGACAAUUGCUCGCCAGUAACAUUCACAUUUGUCUUGUCUUUUAUACUGUAACUACUGAAAACAUUUGUUCAUAUAUCUAUACAAAGUUGGAUACUUUCCUAUCAGGAGA